CAAAGUCUUAAAAUGGCAGAAAGUUUAAACGGAGAUUUCAGAUAUUAUGACUAAUUAAUUUUCAAAAACUUAACAUUUAGGUCAGUAAAUUAGUUUAAGUGGAAUAUAUGUUGUACAUAUAAUAUGACUACAAUAAACAAAUAAAUUUUGUUGAACGAAAUUAAGCGUCAUGAUGAUUCAUUCCUGUUUCCUCAAACCAUCCUGUUUUAAAGUAAUACGUUCAGAGGUGAUUCAUUUUCGAUUAUUUUCGUAGAAGGCAAAAGGUAUCCGAAAAGGAACAUAAUAUUUAGGAGAAAUGAAUUAUGGUAAGUCUGUACUUUCAGUAAAACAUGGAGAAAUAUUUAUUGCCUUUAUUAAAGGACAAUAAGGCCAUAUUGGUUCUUCUAUCCAGUGUUUGUUUUGUUUAUGGUUGUAACAGCGGUCCAUGUGGACCUGGCAGACUAUGUCGGCGCUCCACACAAGAAAUAUCAGAAGACACACAUGAGCUGCGUUUAGUAAUGGAAGGGUCAAAUUACCGUGUGAAGUUACAAGAAGAUCCAUGUACCUUCAAAACCUACGAUAUCGACCAUGACGGAACAAUCACACAGGAAGAGUUGUUUGUUAAACUUGGCACUGAUAGAGUAACUGAAGCCUUGUUCAACGAUUUAGAAAUAGUCAAAGAAGAUGGAGUUAUAACACCAGAAGAAUUUGAUGCCAUAGUUACAAGCACCAUACUUGAAUGUAAUACAUCAGACUAGACGUGUUUAUAAGUUGUAUUUUGUCUGUCAGUUUCUGUCUGGUUACAAUAAUAUAAGAUGUGAAAUGAGUUGAUAUAAUAAAGGAGGAUACUGGGUAUUAAAUUCUUUGUUUUGGUUUUUAAUAUUGUUCAUUUUGUUUAUUGUUCAAAGAGACUCAAUUACAUCAAAUCAAAUGAAGCAAUAACUUGAGAUAACAUGAUUUC